GCUGUUUGGCGCUUUUGUGCGCGCCCAGGUCUGUUGGUGCUCAGAGUGUGGCCAGGCGACUCGGAGCGAGCAGGGCUCUCUUUACCAGUGGAUUGUAGAGGGUGCACGGCCAGUCUCUUGUCUUCUGUUCGACAUGGCAUCGUCUGAUAUUCAGGUGAAAGAACUGGAGAAGCGUGCUUCCGGCCAGGCUUUUGAGCUGAUUCUCAGCCCUCGGUCAAAAGAAUCUGUCCCCGAUUUCCCCCUUUCCCCCCCAAAGAAGAAGGAUCUUUCCCUGGAGGAAAUUCAGAAGAAAUUAGAAGCUGCAGAAGAACGGCGCAAGUCUCAUGAGGCGGAAGUCCUGAAGCAGCUCGCCGAGAAGCGGGAGCACGAGAAGGAGGUGCUGCAGAAAGCCAUCGAGGAGAACAACAACUUCAGCAAGAUGGCAGAGGAGAAGCUCACCCACAAGAUGGAAGCUAACAAAGAGAACCGGGAGGCGCAGAUGGCUGCCAAGCUGGAGCGUUUGCGAGAGAAGGACAAGCACGUUGAAGAGGUGCGGAAGAACAAAGAAUCCAAAGACCCUGCGGAUGAGACCGAGGCUGACUAAUUUGUUUUGAGAACUGACUUUUCUCCCCGACCCCUUCCUAAAUAUCCAAAGACUGUACUGGCCAGUGUCAUUUUACUUUUCCCUCCUGACAAAUAUUCUAGAAGCUGAUGUAGGACCGUAUAGGUAGAUCCAGACCGUGAGAUGUUUUAGGGGCUCAAGGGGAGAAACUGAAAGUGUUUUACUCUUUUUUAAAGUGUUGGUCUUUCUAAUGUAGCUAUUUUUCUCGUUGCAUCUUUUCCACUUGAGCACACUCGGUGUGCUGGGUUAAUGGCUAGUACUGUAUUGCCUCUGUGGAAGACAUUUGUGAGGAGUGUAGUGGCUUCUUCCGACCUGUUAGAUGCUGAUAUCUGUUCACACCUGCGAUCCCAAUUCUGUCCCAAUCUUAUCAGAUGCUACUGUACUUGAAUGGUUAAUAAACUGCACAGUGCUGUUGGUGGCA